GACACAUUUCAAAACUCGAAAGCUGUGAAAGAGAGUAGCACGCGCUCCUGUACUUUCUGCAAUGUGUUCGGAUGAAGAGCGCGGGAUGACGGGGGGCUCCGGUAACGGAAAGUUGCGCCAGUGGCUGAUCGAGCAGGUGGACACUGGAAAAUACCCUGGACUCGUGUGGGAGAACGACGAGAAGAGCAUCUUUCGGAUUCCGUGGAAGCACGCGGGCAAACAGGACUACAACCGGGACGAGGAUGCUGCUCUCUUCAAGGCUUGGGCUCUGUUUAAAGGCAAAUUCCGUGAAGGUGUUGACAAACCUGACCCACCAACUUGGAAAACACGUCUUCGAUGUGCUCUUAAUAAGAGUAAUGACUUUGAGGAGAUUGUGGAACGCAGUCAACUUGACAUUUCGGACCCCUAUAAAGUGUAUAGGAUUGUGCCGGAAGGAUCUAAAAAAGGUUCCAGAUCUAUUGAAGACUCGCAGUCUAACUCAGGCUCUCCCAAUUACCCAAGCCAUCCGACUUAUGCACCAGCACCAUCUCAGGUGUGCAACUACAUUUCUCCAGCAGAAAGAGGAUGGAGAGAAUAUCCCACCCUGUCUGACAUCUCGUACAGCCAGAACCCAUACACUUCACGCUGGGACCCUGGUUACCAGUUCAGUGGCUCCUUUUACAGCUGUAAUGCAUCUGAUCCACAACCAUCACCCUUCACUCUGGACACCAGCAUGAGGUCUGCUGAGGCUGUGGCACUCUCAGAUUAUCGGCUGCAUGUGAUGGUGUUUUACCGGGACGCACUGGUGCGAGAGGUGACAGUGAGCAGUCCUGAGGGCUGUCUGCUGGGCUCCAGCAGAGAGGGACAGUCCUAUGUCUCAUCUGGGGCCCCAGAACUGGUUGAACUGCCUCAUGCUGAUGGGGUGCCUCUGGAGCGGGGCGUCCUCCUCUGGAUGGCUCCUGAUGGACUCUAUGCCCGCCGAUACUGCCCCUGCAGGGUGUACUGGACAGGAGCUCACGCACCACCGACAGACAAACCCAACAAGCUGGAGCGAGAGCAGAACUGCAAACUGCUGGACACUCAUCUCUUCAUCACAGAGUUGCAGAGCUACACUCUUCACGCCCGUCCUGCGCCGUGUUCCCAAGUGCUGCUGUUCUUUGAGGAUGAAAGCACUGACGGUCAAAGACCAAGAAGGACCUUCACAGUGCAGGUUGAGCCACUGUUUGCUCGCCAGCUUCUGAUCCUCACUCACCCGGGCAGCAUGAACUACAUCCGCAGCCAUGAGCUCCAGCACCUGCCACCAGAACACAGCCUCUCGCCCACCCAAGACUACCACAGAGUCAUCACACACCACCACAACAGCGGCCCGCAAAACUGACCAGCUUAACCUUGAGUUUAACCUUGGGAUAAAGCAAGUUUUAAUCCUGGGUUAAAGGUUGACCUCACCUUUUUUCUUCUGUGGAACAUAUAAGUAGACUUUUUGAAGAAUUCUGAGAAGCAAAGGACACUUGAGCUCAAUAACUUCUGCUGUAUGGUCAAGUCAUGUUUAUUUUUAGUGUAUAGCACUUUGUGCAAUGCAAAUUGACAAAGCAGCGUUGCGGUGACAAAUGAGGUAUGAAGUUUUAUCAGUUUUUGUUUAACAAUAUCAAGUUCAGUUAAGUUUAUUUGACGAUUUCAGUUCUAAACAAUGCUGGUUUAGUUCUAAUUAGUUCGCUGAUGAUUCAGUUCAGUUCAAUGCAAAUUAAAAUGAAGUAAGCCAAAGG